AUGGCUUCAAUUCAAGGUGAUAUCAUGGUAGGAGGAAAUGUAAAAAGUCUUGUUGAUCGAUUGUCGAAAGAUUUUUCCGCAAGCAAACCGCCUCUGUCCGCCCAUGAACCCAAGAAACCUCUUGUUUCGAAGCCUUCCCAACCCUUACCACAUGUUAUAACAGCUUUUGCUUAUAAAGCAGAACAAAGUGAUGAAUUAUCACUAGCUGUGGGUGAUGUGAUUGAGGUUCUGGAGGAAGUAGAGGAUGGUUGGAGUCGUGGACGUCUGUUACGUACAAAUGCUAUUGGCAUGUUCCCUACUAACUUUGUGAAACCCGAUGUGCCGCCAUCAAGCACUCUAAAUCGUGAUGAGGUGGUUGUUCGGCGUUCUGCAGAUCCUGAUCAACCCGAAGCAAACCGAAGAACACCAUCAGCUAUUGGAGGUGUCAACAUUUUCGGAGGGAAAACUCUUCAUGCUGAUGUAAAAGAGGAUACUAAGACCAAAGGUAACCAGCCUGGUGUUUUUAAUAACCACUGUGAUAAAGGAUUUCUUGCUUCGUAA